GUUGCUUGGCGCUCAUGGCUCUGAAGCGAUUGCGGAAGGAGUGGUCACAGUGGAAUGAAGAAGGUCCUGAGGGCUCCACAAACCCACUGAAGUCCUUAGGAACUUUCGAGGAGGAGCGUCGUCUCUGGACAUUAGAACCACAGCCGACGGAUGAUCCUGAGUCCCCAAACUAUUUCACUUGGCUAGCUGCACUGCAAGUCUCGCGUGGUCCCUUCAGCGGAGCUACGUUUGUUUACAGCAUUACUUUCCCACGUGACUACCCAUUCAAGCCUCCGAAAAUGAAAGCCCAGUUUGCCGGAUACCCAGUGUCAUUUGAAGAAGUUGAGGCGGGCUGGCAUGUGUACAUGAUUCCUCCAGGGGCUGCUGCAAGGCAACGCCGGAAGGGUCUUGUCACUGGAGCAGCACCAGAUCAACUGACAGUGCGGUGGUGUGAUGGUGACGGUGACGCCAAUGACACGGACGAGGAGGAGGAGAACACCGCGCACGAGACAGUUGUCAGCAAGGCUUUCUGGGAGGAUAAUGGCCUUGUGCUUGGCCAAAGUCCCAGUGCUGCUAUCUACCAUCCACUUCUGACCUGUGAUGGCAGUUUUUGCUGCUGCGGAAUCGACAACAAGUGGGCGCCACAGUGGAGUGUGGUGCUUUGCUUGUCAUUUGCCCGCACGGUAGUUGAAGAUCCACAGCCUGAUGAUGGCGACAGGCCAGUCCCUCCUGACAGCUCAAACACCAUGUGCUUUUGUACUUGCAACCCAGCAGCCUGUGAAGACUUGCGACGCAGCUCCUCUCGGUGGCACCAACGGGCAAGACGGCGAUUCUUCACUGAAAAGGGUGUGGUGCCACUGUGCAUUGCUGCGACGGAAGCGGCUGGUGAGGCGAGGAUUGGCAUUCGAUGCACAUCUUUAGCUGGAACACUCCUGGGCGAAUUGGAGGUGGACUCACUAUGCAUUAUGGAGGAGUUGGAGGAGACUGUACAUGAUCAAAUUCCACUUAAAGACGGUGGCAUCGCCUGGAAAAUUGUUCUCCCAGAUGGUAGCUGUAUGUCCGAAGACUGCCGAUACCGAACUGAUCUCGACGCUUUGACGGCUACUCUGGCAGAGAAUGCUGGCGUUUCUUCCUUGAGCCCAGCAACGCGCAUUGCGCUGCUCAUGGCCCUGUCUGCUGUGCAAG